AUGAAAUCACUCCUUGCCCUUGCUUUUGUUCUUUGCAUCUCGACAGGUAAGUCAAAGUAAUCCUAUUCGUUCGUCGGAAACUCGUUCUAAGACACCGUCUGAAAGUAUUGUUUUUCAAACUCUACAACUAUUAAGACAUAUCAAAAGAGUUAUCUUGGUUCCCUGGUAUUUUAGGAAGGCUUUUCCUCGUUAUAAAACGUUUUUUUAUACUAAAAUAUACGUAACAAAGAACAGGGGGUGGGGCUCAUGUAAUAAUAAAUCGACGCACAAUGAUUUGCGAACCGAUCCAGACAUGUUUCAAGCGAAAUGUUAGCUUGGUCAUCUGUUAUGUUUUUUCGCUUUCUUGGGCUGUCUUAAGACAUUUCGGUUCAAAUCUGCAUUUUGGAGUACAUUGUAGCCGCGGUAAUGUUCAUCUGUAUAUCUCAGAUUUCAUUAGCAACAAUGAUCACACGAACAGAGAGUGAUCUGUCAGUGAUAUACACAGGGAAUGUAUCAACAAAUACACAAAUGAUUAACUAGUUUUACAAAUAUCUUCUAUCUAGAAAUAAAGUCAAUUUGCAAAGAUUUCACCCAUUGCUUGUUCCAGUUUACAUAGAAAUUUUUAAAAGUUAAUUAGACUUUGGAAAAAUAAAAUGAAGUUGACAACGAUUGAAUGGCGAAAUUCAACGCCUUUUUUGUUACUGCCUAUGGAAAUCGUGAAAAUGAUAAAAUCCUGCUAAAUACUGUCUCGCCACACAUUUUGCUAAAACACCGGCAGCCCGAUUAUAGAUGACUAAUAAAUCAAUAAAUAAAUGAAAACUAUAUAUGCCCUGCAGUAAUGAAUCAGCUAUUCAAAGUAUCAAUGGCAGAAUUUCAUGUGCAUAUAUACGUAUAAUUAUAUAUCACAUUAAAAAAAUUGAAGUUAUGAAAUUACACAUCUUGAAUAAAAACGUAGGAUCAAUAAAAAUUACAAGGUAUUUAAAUGGAUAUGCAGAACACGUAUGGUCACUUUUGUCCGCUUUAAGCAGGAAAGCCGUAUAAAUCUUGGACUUACAUGUGUUAAAGUUGUUUAUUAACCAUUUCGGUAAAAGGGUUCAGUCAUUGGCAGCGGGAUAUUGCUUUGCCUAGUCUAGAAUUGGCAGUGUAAUUUACUUACUUCAGUGAACUAACGCAACAGGACGGGAGAGGAAAGAAGACUGCAAACAUUGUGUGACAAGCGUGGCAAUAAUUUUGUUUCAUAUAACUUUUCGCCAAACUCUACUUCGGCUUUUAUUAAAACAGAUCUUUUCGUAAAAGACCAGAAAACCUUGAAUAGUGAAGUUCACGACAAAACACGCAAGUAAUGACCUUGCCACGUUCGUCACGCACAAGGGAUUUGCCGUCCUCUUCUUCCUUUCGUCCUAUUGCCUAAACUUUAUUUAUUGACCAAGUAAAGGGGACGGGAGGAGCCCGGGAUAUCAGGGAACUUUAAGCAAAGAGGUUUUUGAGCGACGUACGUCAACCGGAAGUGAAGCCUUUCCCAUUAAACAUGCCUAAACGUUACCUAAAUUCUACUGCUAAGUGUUCUUUCUCUUGUAAAGAUGAUUUGCCGAAAUAUUAGAGAGUUUUAGAUUCGAGUUUACCCGCGCGAACCUCUAACCGCGGUUUGCGGUUACCCGUUUGCGGUUCGACGUUCAAACAUAAUUCGAUUUAGAUUGGCGGUGGAUUAGAUUACGGCCGCCAUUUUGAAUCAGCAGCCAUGAAUGACACUUGUUUUCAAGAUCAAAUAGGAUUUAUCAAAUUCAGCAUUUCGCCCGAAUUUGUGCCUCUGUUAAUGGAUAAAGACUUGCUCCACAAGAUUUUUGUAUCAUUACGUGGGGAAAACAAGAAUUAUACGCUAAAAGCUUUCAGGUAAAUGACAUACGUGAAAACCUACCUCCCCACGUUGAAAACGCACGUUGUAAACCUCAAACGUGACGCAAAAGACUUGUCGUCGCGCGUGACCUCCAGUGGUUAGAGGUUCGCGGUAAACUCGUAUCUAAAACUCUCUGUUGGGUAAAACCACUGCCCAAGGAUGCAAAAAGCCCACUUCUGGUUGACGUGUGUCACUCAAAAACGUUGUUGCUUAAGAGGCAGAGGUAGCCAUUGCCAACGUUAAUCAGGAGGGAACGUGUUUCCAAAUAGCACUGAAAACGUUGCCCCAAAUUUUCCACGUUUUAUAGACCGCGCGCGCAGAUACCUGGCGAUUUUGCUGCCGAGCGCAUAAACAAGCGACGCAACCACUUGCGCGUUCGCCAAAACAUAACCGCCAGCUACUCAGGCUUAUUAAGGAAAAACUUAGUCAACUCAUGCGCUGAUACAAACGCGUCCACUCAAUCAUCUAGUUGAAUGCUGAUAACUCUAACCUUCGGGGGAAACAAAAGAAGCAAUUAUUUUGUUAUUGUUGCGAAACUGAAUGACGUCCUAAUGAAGCUUACAUAUUUUCUAGUAAAUGGCCUCAAAUGCUACGAGUGUGUCUCCACGAAGGGUUGGGAUGACUGUGCUGAGAUAAAAACAGAGAAAGAAUGUCCUUCCUUUGCCGACCGCUGUGGCAAAUACAAAGUUGAAGGAACAAGCGGGCAAAUGUCUGCCGCGGUGUUCGCCAAGGGAUGCGCAACUAAAAUCCAGUGCGACAAAGAUGACAAAUCAGAGCUUUGCAAGCUUUCUGGGCCAAAAGGUAAUGUCAACUGCAAAGUUGACUGCUGCCAGGGAAAUCUGUGUAAUGGAGCCAAAGUAUUAACGGUCAGCGGCGUCUUGCUCUUGUCAUGCACUCUUUUAACUUUCUCACGAUGA